UAUGCUGCUUGAAGACUUCUACAACUUCCUAAGCUUGGUGUUUGCUGUGGAUGAAAUCAACCACAACCCUAACAUAUUGCCAAAUCUACAUAAAUACAUAAAAAGAGUUAAUUUUACAAACACACUGGGACAAGACAUCUAUUUUAAUGAUGGAGAAAUAUCCAUUGGGUAUGAUAUAUAUAAUGUGAUCCAUUAUCCAAACUGGACAAGAAAUUCACAAAAAGUUGGGAGUUUUUACUUGCAUGCUCCACCUGGGAGACAAAUCAUUCUAAAUCAAGAUGCAGUAGUCUGGGAAAACAAGUUUGCCAAGCGGAUCCCUCGAUCAGUGUGCAGUGAGAAGUGCAUACCAGGAUACAGAAAAUCUGUCCGUGAAGGACAGCCAGUUUGUUGCUAUGAUUGCCUACUUUGUCCAGAAGGACACUUUUCCAACCAGACAGAUGUAGACGUGUGCAUAAAGUGUCCAGAAGACCAAUGGCCUAAUGCACAAAAGACAGAAUGUUUCAAGAAAGCCAUUACAUUCCUGUGCUUUGAAGACCCAAUAGGAAUUGUCCUGGCUUUUUUUGCCAUCUUAUUUUCACUUAUGGCUUCUGUUGUUCUUGGGAUCUUUAUUAAGUAUCAAAAUACUCCAAUUGUCAAAGCCAACAAUCGAGAUCUCAGCUUCCUAAUUUUAGUAUCACUCAUGCUCUCUUGCCUUUGCUGUCUGAUUUUUAUUGAAAAACCAGACCAGGUGACCUGUUUUUUGCGCCAAGCAAUUUUUGGAAUCACCUUUUCCAUUUCUGUAUCAUCUCUUUUAGGAAAAACAUUCAUUGUGGUCAUAGCCUUUAAUGCAACCAAACCUGGGAAAAACUUAAAAAAGUGGGUGGGGACCAAAGUUCCUAAAUGUAUUGUUUUCUUUUGUACAGUUAUUCAGGUCUUUAUUUGCAUUUUGUGGAUCAUUAUAGCCCCUCCUUUCACCUCAUAUAACACACAGUCAGAAAUGACAAAGAUCAUCCUAGAAUGUGAUAAGGGGACGGCCUUUGCUUUCUAUGUCAUAUUGGGAUAUUUAAGUAUCCUGGCAUCUGUAUGUUUUGUUGUUGCAUUUUUGGCACGAAAAUUACCUGAUACAUUUAAUGAUGCUAAACUGAUUACUUUUAGCAUGCUUGUGUUCUUCACUGUUUGGGUAUUUUUUAUUCCUACAUACCUCAGUGCCAAAGGGACCUCUACAGUGGCAGUUGAGGUAUUUGCCAUCUUGGCCUCCAGUUCUGGGAUUUUGGGCUCGAUAUUUGCUCCUAAGUGUUAUAUUAUUUUAAUUAAACCUCAGACAAACAGGAAAAACUUUUUAUUGAAAGGUUCUCUAUAG